GCCUAUAGCACGCAUGCAAGAAGUUCAAGUGUAAGUGGAGGUGCGAACCCUAAACACAAUGCUAGUGCUAGGAGCACAUAUUAUGGAAUGGCUAGUGGAGGGACUUCUAAUAUGUUAGAUAUGACAAAAUAUAAUUCAACACGGAGUUCUAAUGGUAAUUCUGAGAGUAGUUCACAUGUUGCAAAGGCUACUACUUUGUCUCAGUCAAAUGCUAAUGCAAGUGAUAACUCUCAAGGUUCUUCACCCACUACAAAGAGGACUGAGCAUUCUAGGCAUGAAGUAAGUAAGGAAAUUAAAGAGCUUGUAGAUCUUGAGCCUGUUAGGCAACAGUCAAGUGAGAGACCUAAUUAUGGGAGCAAGGGUAAGAGAACUAAUGUGCCUGACAUCAUAUCUUUAGAUGAUUCAGAUAAUAGUGAUAUAGAUUUUGUUUAUGAUUCAGCGGAUCAUGGUGAGUUGAGUAACAAUGAAUGUGAGCUUGAAGAUUCUGAUGAAGACAAUGAUCUAGAGUGUGAGCAUGAGAAGGAUGUAGACAAGCAUGACGAGCUAGAUGAUUAUGAUCGAAAUGUAUAUGAUCCAGAUGAUUUUGAGCCAGUAAUUUGCCAUGAUGAUAGUGAUGAUAGUAACUUUAAUGUUGGAGCAAUUUAUCUUGAUGUGAAUGAGUUCAAAGUUAAGCUUAAAGAGUUUGCUAUCCACCACAGUUUUGAGCUCAUAUUUGAAAGAAUGAGAAGGCAAGGGUCAUAGCGAGAUGUGCAGCCGAGGGUUGUACAUGGAGAGUUCAUGCCUCACUAACCGAUCAUGGGGUUGCAUUCUUACUGAAGACCCUGAACCCAAAUCACACUUCUACAUGGCAGUCUGGUCAUAAGCUUAUUACCUCACAUUGGAUAGCUGAGAAAGUUGAAUCUGAGCCAUGGGUUGACCCUGAGCUGGAUCAUAAUACUAUAAUUGCUAUACUACGCAAGAAUUAUGGGGUUAAUUGUGAUGUUCCAUAUAUGAAAUUUUAUAGAGCUCGGAAAAUUGCGUUAGAAAAAAAUGAAGGUAGUCACUCGAAGUUAUACUCUUUUUUACCUGCAUAUGUUAGGCUAAUACUGCAUAUGAACCCAGGAAGUAUUUUUAAACUCCAGUAUGAGCACAGAAUUGACAUGCAGGCAUCACCAAUAUUCAAGAGGUUGUUUGUUUGCUUCCAUGCAUGUAAGGAAGACUUUGUGAAUGGUUGUAGACCAUUCUUAGGAAUUGAUGGUUACCAUUUGAAGGGCCAGUAUGGUGGUAUUUUAUUAUGUUGAUGGGAACAAUGAGGUAUUACCAAUUGCCUAUAGAGUUGUGGAAAUUGAAAAUAAAGCAAGUUGAAAAUUUUUCCUUGAAUGUUUAUAUGAAGCACUGGGAAUUGCUGGUGAUAACACUUCUUUGACAUUUAUGCCAGAUGGCCAAAAAAUAUACCAUUCGAUUCCUUGAAGAUAGUAUUAGUUUUUUUUUUCCUUUUUUUUUUGAAUGGUCAGUAUUUAAUUGAUUGAAUUGUGUGUUUCAUAGGGACUAAUAGAUGUCAUCCAUGAUAUCUUUCUCAAUGCUCACAUUCGAAAUUGUAGUAGACACAUCUACAUGAAUUUCAAGGGGAAAUACAACAGUCUCUUGUUCAAGAAGUACUUCUGGGAAGCUUCCACAACACCUACAAUGCAUCUAUUUCAGAGUGCAAUGAAUUCCAUCAAAGAGAUCAACAUCAAGGCAUAUGAGUGGUUAAAGAAGAAGCUGCCAACAUUAUGGUCUCGACAUGCUUUCCAUAUUGGUUGUAAGAAUGAUGCAAUCACUAACAAUAUGACAGAAAGUUUCAACAACUGGGUUGGUGAUUUUCGUAGUAAACCCAUUUUGUCUAUGAUUGAUAGUAUUAAGAUUAAAAUAAUGGAUAAAUUGAACAAGAGAUACUAUCAUAGUCUUUCAUUGAAUGGGACUGUCACUCCUGUUGUGAAGAAGAAGAUUGCUGAAGUAUAUGAACUCUCGAGGAAAUGCAAGGUGUACCUUGGUAAUACAGAUGAAUUUGAGGUGGUAGAUUCUUUCCACAGAAGACAUGGCCAAUUUGAGGUUGCGAACAUGUGGAUGCAAAGAUUGGGAAUUAUCAAGUAUACCUUGCAAGCAUGCAGUGGCUGCCAUUGCCCAUAAGAGAGAAAAAAUUGAAGACUACUGUGCAACUUACUUCACAAAGGAAAAGUACAUGAAGAUAUAUGAACAUAUGAUAUUUCCUAUCCUAGAUGUAUCUGAGCUAGACAUUGGUCAGAUCUAGGGGUUGUCCAACCACAACUUUUGAAGAGAGGAGUAGGCAGACCGAGCAAGGGUGAAAGGAAAAGAAAACCUGGGGAGACACCUCCUGCUAAUUUUAGAGAGAAGACAAGAUCUCUCAGAUGCGAGAUUUGCAAGAGACCAAGCCAUAAUAAGAGAACUUGUGAAAGAGGCUCUCCUAAGGGAAAGAAGAAGGGUUCUUCAAGCCAUAGAUUUGCUUGGAAAGAAAGAAGAGGAGGCAAUGAUGACCAAGAUGAUGCAAGCUUGUCCCAAAUGGUUACUAGGUCACAGGUUUCUACAACAACUGAUGUUGGUGAUUCAGUACAAGCAAGACUUGAAAGGAAGAUGACAGAUAAGUGGGGGAAGAGGAAAGCAAGGAAGAAGUAUGAGAUGGUGAUAGAGGAAGGUGAAGAAUUGGAGAUUCACUUUUUUGUUUUUUGCUUUUUGUUUUUUUUAGAAUCAUUAUGUAAUUUGAACAAUGGAUGGACUGAGUCAUGGUAAUGUAUGAAACUCUUGAUAUGUGAUGGAGUUGUGAUAUUGGAUUUCAUGAUUUUGAA